AUGGACAUCCCAAAAGACCUGGUCGAAAGCUGUGUGAAAAAGCGGCUGGAGGAAAAUCAAGGAGAAUUCGCCAGCAUCGAGUCGCUGAUGGAGGCCGUUUUCAGCAUGAACGUAACUGAAUCAGCUCCUUCUCUGAAGAUCGCGUCGUCUGCGACUACAACGCGUGAGAAACUGGCCGAAGAGAUACAAAAGCUUAGAGACGAGCGACUGUGCAAGAUCUGCAUGGAGGAAGACGCCUGUGCUACGUUCGUGCCUUGCGGACACCUUGCGUGCUGCUUUGAAUGCGGCCUAGCACUGGAAGUCUGCCUAAUCUGUCGUAGUCGCAUCCAAAGUUGUGUGAGAACUUACAUAUCAUGA